AUGAAAGUUGUUACUAAAUCAGAAAACAAGCAACCAGUUGUACACAGAGAAAAAACAAAGUACAGGGUAGAAUGCCUCGUUGCACAUCACACAGAAUCAAUCAAACUUAUUUUAUGGGAAGAUGCAAUUGAAAAAAUACACAGUAGCAAAAGUUACCACUUUCAAAACCUAACGAUCCGCAUAUUCGAUGAUAACAAGUAUCUCAAUACCAAUGUGUUAACAGUGAUAGACGAAAUUGAUGACAUACAUGACAUUAAUUUGUCAUCACCUUCCAUGGAAGACAACCUCGUCACAGCAAAGUGUGUUGGAAUCGAUAUCAAAAAAGCUCCUCAUGUCUUGUUUGUAACAGCUCCUUAG